AUCGGUGGCAUAUAAAUGCAUCGCACAAAUAGUAUCCCACGCACUAGUUACGCACUGGAGAAUUGGAAGUUACGCCCGGCGAUGUAUUGUGCCAUGCGUGGGUUUAUCCUGGUAGUUAUCGUUUGGACGGCUUCAACGGAACAGUCAAUAUCCGAAGUGCGAUCGCUAUCAAUGCACGAUCGUCAUGUUUGCAACGCAGUUCAGCUUGAAAGAGAAUUUUUCAUUACACCUGCAGCAUGUUUAAGGGCACGUGCGCAAGGAGAAUUUGAGCUAAUCGGUAGUGAUCGGUUCCCCCCAAAAGUGACAUCGAAGACACAGUGUUAUGUGACGAGAGGUCAAUCGCACCCCAAGUACAUCUUCCUGAGCCACAACAUUGCGCUUAUUCAAGUGCAAUGUGGACAAAGUUUGCGCGAAGUACAAAAUACCUCGAUCAGUGAUAGCAAAACAAACGAUCAUCUAACACUUGCCGGUGUUAACAACUCUCUGCGUCGAGUGUCCACACACGUGGAGACCCAAAAAUGUGCGCUGUGUCAAAAGGAGUACGCAGAGUUCAGUUGCAAGCGACAGAUCUGUCUAAAACUAAGCCGAAAGGUCACGCAAAAGCUGUCAACGGUUGAGGGUCUUGUAGGUGCCGGAAUAUUCACGCAGAAUGCAAAGCUUGUCGGUGUACUGUCGUACGGAUUUGCUAAUGGAAGUCUCGUCGCGGAAAGAGUGAUUUAUUAUAAACAGUUUCUGCACAGGACGAUGCAAGAAUUCCAGCGUGGCAAGAAUAAUAGCCCAAGUUUCUAGUAGAUUUAGCUUCAAGCUUCAAAACGAAAGUACAUGGCAGAUUAGAGCAAGUUUAGCCAGCCAGUUGUCCAAUAAAACAUCAUCCCCAUUA